ACAGCAGAAGGAGGAGGAGAACUACGUAAAGGCUAUACAACAGAUACAGUGAGAGUUCUUCCGGGAAGAGGUCUCUUCCCGAAACCUUAGCUAUGAGUCGGAGCAUCGUGCGGCAGAGCAAGUUUCGCCACGUUUUUGGCCAGACGGUCAAGGCUGAGCAGGGUUACGAUGACAUUCGUGUUUCCAAGGUUACGUGGGACAGCUCCUUCUGUGCCGUCAACCCCAAGUUCCUGGCAGUCAUCAUUGAAUCCAGCGGAGGAGGAGCAUUCCUGGUACUGCCCAUCACUAAGACAGGUCGUGUGGAUAAGAGUUACCCACUCGUGACUGGACACUCUGGACCUGUCCUGGACAUCGACUGGUGCCAUCAUGACGACAACAUCCUGGCCAGCUGCUCGGAGGACUGCACUGCUAUGGUGUGGCAGAUCCCAGAUCACGCAUUGACCCGCCCCCUGACUGAUCCAGUCGUGGUCCUGGAGGGUCACUCCAAACGUGUUGGCAUUGUGAGCUGGCACCCCACCGCACGCAACAUCCUACUCACUGCGGGCAGUGAUAACCUGAUAAUAGUCUGGAAUGUGGGGACAGGUGAGCCCCUCAUUUCCAUGGACGACCACCCAGACCUCAUCUACAGCAUCAGCUGGAACCGAAACGGCAGCUUGUUCUGCACCACCUGCAAGGACCGACGCCUGCGUGUCUGCGACCCCCGCAAAAGGGAGGUGGUUGCGGAACGUCUUGCUCCACAUGAAGGGAUCCGGCCAAUGAGAGCCAUCUUCACCAGAGACGGAAAUAUCUUCACCACUGGAUUCACCAGAAUGAGCCAGAGGGAGCUUGGACUCUGGGACCCGACAAACUUCGAGGAGCCUAUCGCAGUGUUGGAGUUGGACACAAGUAAUGGAGUAUUGUUACCAUAUUAUGAUGCAGAUGCAAACAUGGUUUACCUUUGUGGAAAGGGGGACAGCAGUAUCCGAUACUUUGAGAUCACAGAUGAGCCACCUUACGUCCACUACCUCAGCACCUUCAGCAGCAAAGAGCCUCAGAGAGGGAUGGGCUUCAUGCCCAAGAGAGGUGUGGACGUCAGCAAAUGUGAGAUUGCACG